AUGGCGCGCUCCGAAAACCGUCUCGCUCGAGACUCACCGCUUCCACCGAGCGCUCAGCGCUUCAAGACCGGAAACCUCGUGUCAAACCAUCAAUCCGAGCGCAAUUCUCAUUAUACCCAUUCAAAGGUCCAUGCCUCUGCAGAUCUCGCAACACACCCUAGCGAUGAUAGAGGGUUGCUAGUUCACUCGUCUGGCAGACCUCCUAUGUACAAGGAUACCCGCCCUCCGCUAGAUGCACCUGACGGAUCGAAUACACCCAAAACGAAUGCUCAUGGGUUUGCCCAGAAGGACAGGAGGAUUUAUCGCGGCUCAUUAGCCCGCGAGGAUCACCUGAAUACAAGUCCCAGUCCGCCGUUUGAUCUGCCUGGAAGCAGGGGAAAUGCCGUCAACUCUUCGCCGAAUAAUGCCAGUAUGGAAAGAGUGCAUACAAUGCCCAUGACCAGAAAGAUGUCUCGAGAUCAAUUAUCGUCUGCGUCGUCGACGUUUCCGCCAGCAUCUGUCGAUAACGAGGGCCCUGCAGCAUCUUCGAACAACGAUAGGGACGGACGUCGAAAUGAUAAAUCAUCUAUCACUAGGGCAAUGACUCAGAAUUGCAUCCAUCAUCGAUCGGCUAGCGGAACUUCCGAACUAUCGACAACAAGUGGUUCCAGCAUAAGUAAACCAAAUCCGCACUAUGUUCACCCAAUGCGCCAAGCUCCUCGCACAUAUACGCCGCCUUUAAACCAAUCCUACCAGGCAUCUAUUGCGGAGAGCGAUAGUUCAGCCAACGGAGGCCAUUCCGGGGAAGAGCCCGCGGCACAAUGGGGAUCGGAUAGCUUGCAUCAAUCCAUGCGUGGCUCAUCGGGGCAAACACCGCGCUUAUCAUUACAACUACAAGAAGAUCCAUUCACAAAACUCCAUGGCACCUCGCAAACAAAUCUUAGCGGCCGUCAGUCUUUCGGUUAUUCCAGAGACGCUGGGAGUCUUCUAGACACAGCUUCUCCAAUCUCAAGGUCGUCGCUAGAUUUCUCCUUUCGAACCAAGACGAGGACCAGUAUGGAUCCUAUAUCCCGAGCGGCUACGGUACAGGCGGCGCGACAAGCAUUUGAAGAAAAAGAAGCAGCUAAGGCGCGCAAAUUAGAAGAACAGCAGUUGAAAGCAGAAGCAAGAGAAAUCAGGCGGAAGGAAAAGCAGCCCUGGAGAGUUUCUCUGAGGCAGGAUGAAGAAGGUUGGCAAAAGGAACGUUCUGAGGUCCACGGCGUACCUGCUGCCCCCUCUCGGCCUGCCUCGCAACCACAGCCGGCACCGGAAACAUGGAAAGCCCAGCCGAAGAACACAUGGAUGCACUUCUUGACCAGCGACAACAGGUGCCUUCUUCGCCCAUCACAUACUCCCCCGAUCAUCACCACCCCCAAAGGCAACGGGGCUUGUACCCAGAGUCGCACCUCCAGCUUGGAGGAGGUGUCUCCAAGCAAAUCCUUCAUCAUGGUUUACGACUGGGAUGGCAAACGGGAAAUCUGUUUUCAGAUGUAUAUCAAGGAAAAGAAGGCUUUAGAAGAGAUCAUGGAAUUCAUGAGGAAUACCUACCAGUUCGCACCAAGCAAGCGUGCAUUCCAAACACAGUUCAAACGAUGGGGGUUCCCCUCAAAGCAAAACCCAGCCCAUAAGAACACAAACCUCGUUGCGCGCGUCAAACAACUAUGGGAAAAGAAUACCAGCCAGCGAGAUAUGCUUCGCAUAUUGAAUGAAGAAGGAUAUGAGAUCAAAGAAAGAGAGCUGAUGCGGGUACGCGCCAAGAACCGCUGGCUUUUACGAGUGCCCAAUGGAAUGAAGUCACAGAACAGCCUGCCAAAUUCUGUUCAGGUACCGGAAGACGAAGGCCUACUUGCGCUACACGAAGAAGUUUACAAAACGUCAAGCCCAUUCGACGAUGGCGACACUGUUCCCGAUGACGUCCCGAACUCACACCCUCCUUCCCCGGGUGUGUCCACUGAGAUUCUGUUGAAGCGCAAAGAACGACUUGAUCGAUUAAAGGCAGAAAGUGCCGAACGAUGGGCAGCUAAAAAGCGCCGGCGCCGUACCCGAGGCUGGGCCGGGCUACCUGCCGACCCUCCAGGUCCUCCUCGUUUCCCUUCCGAAACCACUAUUGACGAGAGUAAGAAAUAUCUAGGGUUAGACAGUGUCAUGUACCGUCAAAUUAGAGACCAAUUUCAGAAGAUAUGUGAAGAGGCGGGGUUCAUAAAGAAAACAGUUGCCGGGCCUGAAAGAUGGCAAGUGGCGAAAAAUAAGUUGAUACAGGAAUCCGAGCAUCUUCAGGGGGUUUUUUGGGAGGACCCGAGUCAACUGGACGCAAAAUCUCUCGCUCUAGAUGUUGUCUGUACGGAUGUCACCAAGAGAAUGAGAACAUUGGAGCGCCGAAUGACGAUCGCGGAAGCCAAGAACGCGCUUGGAAUAAAUCCCGAAGAGAGCCGUCAGAUACGAAAUGCAUUCUACAACACCCUCAAAGCGGAUCACUUUACAAGCAAACUGGAGGCUGGCGAUGAGCACUGGAAAGAACUGAAAGAGCAGUGGGUCCAAAACUCUGCACUACUGCAACGAAUACUCGCCCCCGGCCCAGCGGACUCGGAACAUACCACGAGAUUGAAGGCUCUCGAGGUCCUUUGCCGGGAUGUCAUGAAGCGACUUCGCGAUGAUCAGACUAAAAGAGACUCAACCCGUAAACAGUCUGUGCAUCAUCAGCCCCAGACUCACCAGAAUACCGACGACGGAAUUGCGUUUGGUAAUGCUAUUGCUAAUGGAAUAAGCACACUUGCUUCCCAAGCCCUGGCCAGCGCUCCUGUUGCUUCAAAUGACCUAGGUGAUAUGCAAAUAGACCCCUCACUCCUUCAAGCUGCGAAUGACCCCACCUUUGCUGCAACGGGGCAGCAUGAUUCUGAACACUCUUUUGGCUACGUGAAUCCUAUGCUGGAGCAGCCCACAAUUUUGCACAUUCCGGUUUACCUCCGUAUUAAUCCCCAGAGUCAGCUAUAUGGAAAUUCUAAGACCUGGGUUGAGAAAUUGGCGACAAGGUCUGUUGCUGAAAUACGACAAUUGGUCGGUGCCAAGUAUCCAGAUGCCAUCAUCACUAGGAUUGAAGGCCUCGAUAAGGACGAGGACGGGAAUGGCAUCCCAUUUGUUAUUGAUGAGGACCACGAGCUUGAUGCAUACUUGACUCACGUUCAAGGCAAGAAGGCAUCAUUUAACCUUGCUCUAGAUCGUGUCUGA